AUGACCAAUGUGCUGUCGAAUACUGUUGGUGGUAGUGUUACAACUGUGCUGGCAGGUAAUGGCACUAUAGGUCACCAGCAGCUCUACUGGACCAGGUUUGGCCAGGGGUCUUGGUCAUAUGUCUAUUCAAACUGGCAUGGCCUCAUCUGCAAGUACAACCUGAACAUAUGCCGCCAAUGCUUCCAGCAGUACAUAAAAGACAUUGGCUUCGUUAAGUUGGACUACAUAUUUAGGGACCUCACUUCCAUGAUUACUCUGAUCAUUAAUAACUACCAUUUUGGAUUCUGGACAACUAAUUGAACUACCCACUUAAAGAUCAGUCUUAUUGUGUAUACUAUGCCAGUUUACAUAUAUCAUUUUAAAAAGUCAUCCUCAGUUAAGAUUUAAAAAAAAAAAUACAUUGGAGAAAUUUAUGGAACAACAACGUUGUAAAGAUACAAUAACAUUUUGUUUAAAAAUAGCUAGAAGGAAACAGUAUGAGAUGAGACAGGUAGGUAAGUUGGAGCUAAGAAGAUAAGUUGUGAAGGAAUUCCAACAGUAGACUCAGAAGAUUAUAUUUUAUUUCUGAGGCAUUGAAAAGUUGGAAAUUUUUUAAAGAGAGAGAAGUAACAGCUCUUGGCACUGGAUUAAAAAUAUCAGUCAGCAAUUUGUAAAGGAUUAAACUAGAUAUAGAUUGGAGGCAUAAAGGCCAUUAAGCUAUUCCAGUAGUCUAAACAAGAAAAAUUGAGGUCCUGAGCUAGUAAGAUAGUAGUGAGGAUAAAUAGGAGGGCCCACAUUAGGGUGAAAUUGCGGGAUUAGAGACAUUGGGAUUUGGCAACUGAUUGAAUAUUUGACAUGAGGGGAAGAGUGAAAUGAACCAUGACAUUUAGUUAGAAUCUUUUGGGCAAUCACUGCAGCUCUUGAGGCAUUCUGGUCAGCUUUCAUGCCUCAUUAAAUGAACAAAGACUCUGGUUCCCUUGAGAGUAUGGCCAUCAACAAUUUACUGAAUUAAAAUAGUCUGCCUCUUUAGCCUUUUUUUGUAGGGGAGGAUGGAGUAUUAGUGUAAUAAACCUUAGGGGCAGAAUUUGCUGGAUUUCUAACAGUUGCCUUUUUGAGUGCUGAAAGCAAUGGGGAAUCAGUGGGGUGUAUCUUACCCCCAGAAUCCAGUAAAGAGCAAUUCUCAAUAGAACCUCUGAACCCUGUCUCUGACCUGCUUCACAGGCAUCAUCCAAUAGAAAGGCUUAGAAGAUUGUCAUAAAAGGGCUGUAGCAGUUGACCUCCAGCCUUACAAUAGAUACCUAGCAUCUCAUUCCUGUCCCUCCCCUACUUUUCUGGCAGUGUUAAUGCAGUGAGAUUUUCAUAGGAUUUUUUUGUUUUUGUUUUU